AUGGCUAGGAGGAACACAAUCUUAUUUGUGGUGGUCCUACAGGUACACACUAUAAUGGCCCUAGUCACUCGUUUAAAGGAAAUUAAAAGCAGAGUUUUGAAUGCUUCUGGAACGGCCGUCAAGGAAGGCAGUUCAAUGAUGUUUAAGUUGGGAUCGCUAGUGGAGACUUUUGCAAACAAUAAGAAGUUAAGUUUAUAGUUUAAUAAAAUUGACACAUUUCAAAGUCCAAAAGGGUUGGCCCUAAACUCAUUAAUAAAUUAUAAAGCAAGCCACGCCUGUUUUUUGGGUGGUUCCCUAGAAUUGCAGAAAAAACUUCAAUCUUGUAUUUUAACAUGAUAAAUUUUCAACAUAAAACCUUUGUAAAUCGAUCAAUUGGUCAUAUGUCAACCUGUCGACUUGUCUUCUUAUCAAUUUGUUAUUGAUAGAAAUAUCAAUAUUAUAGUUCGCUAAACUUUUGUUUUAAGUAUUUCAUUUAAUAUUAUACAGUCUAUUAGAAUAAAGUGUUUCUUGAUUUCAUAUUGGAAAACUUAAAUGCUUUCAGCUCGGACAUCUGAGCACCAGAAAAGCAAAUCCUAGUCAGCAGUAUUUUGGACUGCUUAAAAUAAUGUAAAUAAGCGAAAACUCUAUGAAGUGUUGGUAUGUCGGAUUAAAUUCGCUGUUCUUCUCUAUCAAACAUGCUAUCAGAUUGACUGUGGUUGUGAGUGCACGAUAUGGUUAUCUUUGUUGUGGUUACUGAAGUUCGCCAAAAGUGUGUAGAAAUUGAUAGGUUAAAUGGAAUGCCUGGCUUUGCCCAUGCCAAACUGUAAACUAGUUCGGCAUAUUGUGCGCUUUCGGCUGCACCCGUCUGAUUCCAAGGGAGUGGAGGAGGGGAACAAAUGGGGCAGUUACCGAACCACUUUCAGACCCACACUUGACCAAAUUCCGCUGUUAUUGUCGUCGCCGCCGCCGCCAAAACUCUUUGGCGACUCGUCGCUGGCAAUCAACGGAGCGUUACACAAGCCAAGUCAGCCGCAAUGAGGUCCAACAACAGCCCAACCGCAGUCGUCAGGGCCCAGACGAUGUCUGGCCACAAAGAGCAUAGCGAAAUACAAGUAGUACGAGUGUGGAGAAGCCGAGAGAAAAGACUUGAACGCUUGGCUGCAUUCUGCCUGCUUGUAAUUUGGUGUGUUUGCUCUAACGCUGGUCUCUAUUCCACUCGUCAAGCAACUGCGAUUUUUUUUUAGAUCGAAAACUGCUAUAUUUUAAUGAUAACUGCAAUUGGUUUUCCUUUUAUUAUAAAUCCAAAUAUUGUCAUUAAACCGUAUAUUCGGUCCAAAUUAAUCACAUACAGCUAGCUGCGAUUGCACACCAACUGCAACAUUUAAAAGGGAAGUAGAGACAGCUCACCAGCGAAUUUUUUUUUUUAGCAAUUUUGCUAAUAAUUUUUAAAUUAUUUGUAUGACAUUGUUCGAUACAUACAUUCCUACAUAAUUAUUGGGGUUC